GUAGACAAGUCAAGCUAAAGAUUUAGCUUAGGGUAGUUCUGAGCAAACACUCAAACAGAAUGGUCAACCUGUCGACUUGCCUCCUCUUGGUUUGCAGCUUGGCUGUAUUACCGCAUGCGAUCUAUGGUGACGAUCAGCAAUACCGUAGAGAUAAUGAUGAAACCAAUGGCAAUACCACACUUAAUAUACGGGGCAGCAACUUGGGUUCCAUUUGCUUAGAUUGCCAAACCCAGUUCCAAUUACGAUUUGAAAAUGGAGGACUAGCAGCUUAUGUUUACGGAAAUCGGCUAGGCGGACUCACCAAGCCUGUCAUCAUACCUCUUCCACUUAAUAGACCUAUUGCUAUUCCUCAUCCACUUUUUAUUCCACGCGCUAUUCCUAAUCCUAGUCGUAUUCUUCUUCCACGACCUCGUCCAUACCCUUUCCGACUUGCACCUAAUCCUUAUCCCACCCCUAACCCUGCAGUUAGAACCCCAUUGCCCCGUAAGCUGAAAAUUGAGGACAGUACCCUAAGGUACGAUCAAAUCUUUUUAGCUUCUGAUGCGCCAGCUUCUGAUGCGCCAGCUUCUGAUGAACCAGCUUCCGAUGCACCAGCUUCCGAUGCACCAGCCUCCGAUGCACCAGCUUCUUCCGAUGCACCAGCUUCCGAUGCACCAGCUUCCGAUGCACCAGCUUCUGAUGCACCAGCAUCUGAUGCCCCAGCCUCUGAUGCCCCAGCCUCUGAUGCACCAGCCUCUGAUGCACCAGCUUCAGAUGCUCCGAAUUUAUUUUGGUCUGAUGCAACUGAGGCCCCCUUCGCCGAUUUAUUUAAAUCUGGAGCCCCGAAGCAGCCACUGGCAGAUGCCUAUGCAAACUACCAAAGAAUACCAUUAUAUAGGCCACCAAUUAUUAGACCACCAUACUAUAUUCCCCAAGUAGCAUACCACGUGCCAGUUUCUAUCAAUCGUCCGAGACUAUCACCAUUGGAUUUAUGGUAAUUAAGUGUUGUGCAAGUACACAAGCAAUGCUAACAUGCUAAAUUAUGUGCUAAUCAUAAUAAAUACAAUCAAGAGCAGUA